AUGGCAUUUGUUCAUAGUAACGGGGUUCGAGACGGGAUUGAUGGAUUUUUCCUGACCAACGCACUAAAUAACAUUGCACAUCAUUUCCAAAAUGUUUUAAAUUCUUUAUAUGAGAAUAUUGAGAUUUUCACGAGUGACUUUCCAAACGGUUUGAAUAUUCUUUUAUCGAGGCUUGAGGCUGUUCUUGAAGAUCCUUUGAUUCAUGAAGAUGGAUUUCUACCUCUAAUGGAGGAGAAGAAUAAUAUAAGUUGGAGGAUUAAAGCUGAAAGCAUCUUUUAUAUCAACAUCUAUAUAAUCAUUCUUUUCUCGACCUUUUUGAAGCUAAUCUGCUUUAUUGAACCAUGGACCCUUGCGUCUAUUUUGCUCUUUGCCCCCCGCACUUCUAAUAAGGCACGCAAAGCCACGGUACUAGCUCUAAUUUCUUUUUUGUUCAAUCCAUUAUUAACAUCAAUUUUUAUCUUUGUGGGAAUAAUGAUCUUGCUCAAGCUAGUAUUUCCUAACCUUCCGUUCAGAUAUAUGGACUUUAUUGGCUAUUUUCAAGAUUUAUACAAAAAAACUCCGUUUGAGUAUUUUUUGGAUCAUAUUUUCGGGGGCUCAUCGAUGGGAAUUAGGAUAUUUUACAUGGUCUUUACGUAUCUUGUUCUCUCCGUGUUCGUUAAAGGGCUCAAUUUUAUGAUGUUUUCAUACUCUAUUUCCAGACCAUCAAAACGUAGCCGUCGAAAAAAAAACCGCGCUAGGAUGCUUUCGGAAUCAAAAAUGCACAAUUCUAAUGAUCCUCUUCAACUGGUGGUCAUAAACGACACAGAUAGCAAUGAGAUUAAUACAGAACUUCCACUGGCCUCAUCAACGGAGGAGAAUGUUGCAGUACCGCCUGCUUCAUCGAUUGAAGAAAAUGUCAUAUUGUCCUCUGCUUCAUUAUCAGGAUUUAAGACAUCUGGAUAUCUUAACCUGUUAUACAUAGUAAUUGGUCCAAUCCUUGCUCUGGUAAUUUAA